CCCGGCUGUUUUUCCAUCAACACUGACAGGUAAAGCCUUGACGAGGAGACCCUGAUCUUUCGGCGUUUUCUUGUUUUCACGAAUUUCCUUCUUCCUCCCGACUUUCGUCCCUCUCCUCCGCUCUCUCGCGAUUUUUCGGCCGCGGCCAUCACUACCCCACCAUGGGUGAAUCCAGACAAGAGCUUCUGAAUUGGCUGAACAACCUGCUCCAGUUGAACAUUACCAAGAUUGAGCAGUGCGGAACCGGUGCUGCGCUAUGCCAGAUCUUCGACUCGAUAUUCAUGGACGUGCCCAUGUCCCGGGUCAAAUUCAACGUUAACAGCGAAUAUGCCUAUCUGCAAAACUUCAAAGUCCUCCAGAAUGUUUUCACCCGUCACCAAGUUGUGAAGCCCAUCCCCGUCGAGUCCCUCACCAAAUGCCGCAUGCAGGAUAACCUGGAGUUCCUCCAGUGGGUGAAAAAGUACUGGGACCAGCACUACCCCGGUGGUGAAUACGACGCCGUUGGUCGCCGAAAGGCCUCUGGUGCCCCCGCCGGUGCCCCCGCCGCCGCCCCCCGUGCUGCAUCUUCCGGCUCGCGCCGCGGAGUUACUCCCACCACAGCCGCUGCCCGUCCCCGGGUGGCUGCCGCUGGAGCUGGCGGUGGUGCCGCGACAGCGGCUUUGCAGCAAGAGAUUGCUACACAGAAGGAGGCUAUCGCCGGUCUUGAGAAGGAGCGGGACUUUUACUUUGCCAAGCUGCGCGAUAUCGAGCUGCUGCUGCAGACUGCCAUUGAGGAGAACCCGGAGAUUGAGAAGGAGGAGGACACGCUUGUGAAGCACAUCCAGGGUAUUCUGUACUCGACCGAGGAUGGAUUCGAGAUCCCCGCUGAAGACGAGGAAGGCGCGGCCGAUGAACUGGAGACGUUCUAAGCGGUCUGGUCAGGGAGAGGAGCAGCGUCCCAUUAUCUAAAUACCCCCGCCAUUUCAUGUUUCUUUCGUUGAUGAAAACGUAGAGAGUGCCCAUACUCGCAUUGCCCUUCAGGAGAGGGGAAAUUGAUUCAGGGGGAUGUUCACAGUGCCAUUUGUCAAGUACAUUGUCCUGGUACUUUGUAUCGAGUAGUUGUUUGCAGAUCUGCCGGGGGCAGAUGUAAGUAGUAUAUGGCAGUUUUAAGUUCUGGAUUAUUGACGGGUACUUCUUAUCCGAGAUGAGGUCUUUCUGUUGUCCUCUCCUCUCGGUACCCAAGUAACUUAAUGGAAGUAGUGUAAUGCUUUAUACACUC